GAAAACUUGUCGAGUGACGAGGAAUACCAGCCUCUCCCUGAAAGUGAGGACAAAAGUACGUUUCACAACUUGCAAACUACAGUAACUGCAUGCAUGUUGAUCUGUAUUAAAUAUUUAAUCUGGUUUUACAUCCAUGAAGUUUCUGAAAUAAUGUAGGAAUCAGUAUAGGACCUUAUAACUGCAAUAAAUCUAUGACCAAAAUUAAAAGCUAUACAGGUAUAUGCAUAUCCGCAAAAUGUUACACUGUUAGGUUAAAAACUUUGAAUGAAGAAUAAUUAUAGAUUAAACGUGUGGAGAAAUGUCGAAAAGUCUCGGGUGAAAGUCGAUAAAAUCUUGUUGGAAACUUCCCCAAACAAAGGUUCCUCGGAUCUAUAUCUGACUUAUAUCCUGCAUUCUCGGUUUUAGACUUUUGGCGCGUGGAGGUAUAAUUAUAGACACCGCCGAAUUAUAUAUAGGCUUUCGAACAUGUACGUCACUUCCGAUUUGCAGAUAAUUUUUACAAGCCCCUCUACAUUUAUUUUUCAUUCAUGCACAAGUUUUCUGGUAGAAAGAAUAAACUAGGCUUUAGAUACAAACUUUCACCCUAUAAAGUUAUUUGAAACAUCGAACUUAAGUAAAAACAAAUUUUCAAAAUGCUAGAAUGUGUCAAUGCCAAAAUAUAGGUAAGGUAGCAAACGAGCCAACUCCAUUGAUGCAAAUAUGACACUAAAAAUUGGACAGGAAGACAGUUCAAUAGUGAAAAAUAAUAUAGUGCAUGAUACUAGUAUAGCUGUGUUAGAAAACACACACGACAGAGUUCUUUUUGCACUCUUGACGAGUAAACAACGACGAAUUCAUAUCGAGAUUAUAUAGAUUAUAUAUCACAUUUUAAUGUUUCUCGAUCUGACUUCGUCGUUGUUUGCUCGUCAAGAGUGUAAAAUAACUCUGUCGUGUAUGCUCUAGCGUACACAGCUAUAUCAUGCACUAUAUUAUUUUUAAUUUUGAACUGUCUUCCUGUCUAAUUUUUAUAGUGUCAUAACUACGUCUAUGGAGUUGGCUCAUUUGCUACCUUAAAUUAAUGAAUUGACACAUUCUAACAAAAACGCAAGCACGUUUCUAUUCGAAUAAUUUUUAAUUUAACUCAUUUGAUUUUAUUAACUGCUGUAUAUUUUACAAGUUAUGUAUGUGAUUAAAAAAUAAUAAAUUAUCGUUUUCUUUUAAAGGCGAAGAUUCAGACAAAGAUAAUGAUGACGAAUAUGCUUUUAAAGGUGAUAUCACUGCGCUCACUUUCAAAAUUAGGAGAAAAUAUACUGUACACUUUAACAGUAAUAUACCCCUCUGAGAGCUCGCUGUUGUCAGAAUCAAUUUGAUAUAUCACAGUACUGUCACGUGACACUGGGUGAAAGAUGACAAUUUAUUAAUAGAAUUGUUUGCUGUGGAGGCAUUCAUCUUUGUGUGCAGGAAGGGAUAACAAAGAUUCACAUGAUUUUUGAUGAGGUCAUUGCUAACAGACACAGAGUAACACUGGGGGGGGGGGGAGAAAAGAAAGAAAAAGAAAGCGUCACUUAUCUUGUGUAUGUACCCAUGGAGUAAAUGAAAUACUUUUUCUUCUUUUUGCAGAUAAUUCAAGUCAUUCGGAAACAAUUCGUCAGGAUCCGGAUCUUGAGGUAAAUUCGUUGACAGCUCAUAAAAUAUUCACAUAGAUCAGGGAUUUUGCCGCACACUCACCACAGUGACAGUUUACUGUAACAACUUGAAAUUUUAUAUAUUUAAAACAUCUCGUUUACAUUGCAGCCGUAUAACCACGUCCUUAUCUAUUGAUACGACUGAUACAAUCCAUUAAUUAACAAUUAUUCGCCGAAAGGGAAGUGAAUAUUGGUGAUAUGUGAUAAAAUUUCAUGUUAAUUUACAUAAACUGUAGCUUUGAUUUUCUCGGCUUAGACAACGUUGAUUUUGAAAAUCUCUUCGCCAAUAAACUCAUAAACAUGGGUCGUUUUUUUAAGCAAUUUAAAGCACUUGUAGUCGUGCAUAUCUGAUAAAGCACGACUACAAGUGCUUGAAUCACCUCAAGCGCAGCCAAUCGACGUUCAGAAUUUUCAGUCAAUAUCCCUUAUCGCAAAUCCGCUUCCGGCUUGAUUUCGGGUUAGGGCUGGGGGUUAAUAAUCUAAUAUAUGAAGUUCAUACUGGGGGCGGGUCCAGGUUCGAACCGACUUUUAUGCCUGCCUUCGCAGCUGAAAGCAUGAUAAUUAUCAAUUUUUGUAUGAGGUUGCAUGAGAAAAUUAUCAAACAGAUUAAUUAUUUUCCGAUGCUGAAGCCGAAGGCAGAGGCAAAUAACUGAUCUGCAUGUGAGCCACCGACAAAUCACGAUAUUCUGCGAGAAUCAUGUUUAAUAAUUGUUUUAUCAUUUGUCUUAUGUUUUCCACUUUUUUUCAAGUAAGCAAGACAACUCAUCUUGUUUUCAAAAAAUUGAUGACAAUCGCAUGCUCAUACUAUUAUUUGCACGCAGGUAUUUGAAGUUAACCAAUCAAAAUUGCGACUACUGUAAAGUGAAUGAUAAUCGAAUAUUAGGCCUAUAUGACUAAAGGUCUCUUUAGUAAAACUGGAGGCUAGUUUGUAUAAUAAAUUAGGUUCGUCCCCGACUUGGUUGACAAGACAAUUUCAUUAUUUCUAUAUGAUCCUGAAACCAUUGUCAUCAGAUGAAACACAUUAAAUGCGUAAACUUUCCACAGGCUCAUUAAUACAAACAGUUUCAUCUAAUUCACCAAUAGUUCGGUCUGUUUUACUCACUUUUCCGUGAUAUGGUCUUUCCACAAGCACUUAGAGAUAUUUUCUUUCCCAGCAGCCACCGCAUGUAUAUUUGAUUUACCUAACUGACCAUUUUCGUUCUGCUGUUGUGAAACCACAAUGUAUAUUAUGUCGUAGUAUCAUAAAAAAUAGUAUUUUGGCAACUUUAAAUCUUUCGUAACUGGCCAUUGUAUUAAUACAGGAAGACUGUUCAAGUGGCGAGGAAUCCAAGUCUGAAAGUGAAGAUUUCCAGGGCAUACUAAUGUAGAUUUACUAUUACCAUUAUUAUUAUUAUCAGUACAGUCUUUUGCAUUUCUCUACUUAUAUCCAUUGCAAAUCUUUCUCGUUAUUAAACAAUCCUCUUAUAUAUCAUCUUUCGGUCGUUUCAUCCCUUCUCUUAAACAGCCAUGCAAUCACCGAUGUAUAACUAAUGGUAUAACUUUUACGUUAUAUCUGUCCCGUCUUUCCCGUAGAUCAAAACAGAGCUGCUGAUAUUUUCUUACCUUCUCCUGUCGUUUUUCGUCUUUGUUCGAAUGAUUUGGCCAUGCCAUGUCUAUUUUCAUAAUCCCUUUCUUUUCGCUCUCCUCAAGCGUCUGAUCGGGUCUCUUUAACUGCCGUGGAACUCAUGCUCACCUGGUGUUCCCAAACCCAAUUUAGCUUCUUCCCGCUGUUCUCAAUCACUUUUCCUUUCCCUCAUCUCUCUGUGUAUCACCUCGUUCCUUGUUACUAUAUAGUAACAAUUCAUUAUCAUUCGCCCAUUUCACCGCCAGUGCUAAUUUCAACUAUUAUCAUUAUACUUCGCAAGGUUCCACAUGAAGUGUUUACCUACCUCACUCACCCCAUCAGGCAUCUGGCAAAUAAAUGAAAAAUCAGUACAUUCUAAUACCAGUCCUUCAAUACUUUUAAUGUUGUGAUGUUUCAGAUGGAAAUGAUGUUAAUAAACAUUCAAUGGCAAAUAAAUGUUUUGACAAAACAACAAAGAAAUCUGGAGGUAAGAUUUUCACAUUUUAUCUAAUUAUUUGCGAUUGUUAAACGGAUAAAGAUAUAGUCCAACAUUUACAGCUUUUUCGGUCGUACUGACCAGGGGCGGAUCUAGGAUUUUUUGUACCUCAGUCAAAUUUUUUUUGGUGGACAGGGCGUUAUCAGCGGUGGGCGUGGUCUCAACUGGGCGUGGUCGACUCUAGGCGGGGGGGGGAGUGGGCGCUAAAUAAUUUUUAUGCUGAUAGUCCGGCACCAGAUUUUUAGAAUUUUCCGUAUAUAAAAUGCGAUUUGGUCCCCCCACACACACACACCUAUUAACCUAAAUCCUAAUUAACCAAAUUAUGAAACAUAUUUAGAUUGAAUUAAUAAACUCAAACGAACAUUUGAUGUUACGUCAAAUAUGUUAAGUCAAAUAUUAAUAAACUAAACCCUUACUAUUAAUAUUUAUUUGUUUAUUUAUUUAUUUAACUUCGCCAUUAUCAUGCAUUCAUGGCAGGGUCACCACAACAGUAUAUGUUACCAAUUACUGUGGGCCCUCUAAUUUUAAAUAGAUAAUAAAACACAAAUAAAACACAACGAAAACUUCGAUGUACCUGAUCAAAGUCAUCACACGAAUUGGAACUUGAAGCCAUCAAACAAAUUCCUCAAAGUUUUCGUUGUAUUGUAUUUCACAAACAUACUUAAUUAGCUGCUUGCAAAUUUUAUAAAACAUAUAACAAUUCAUAGAAUAUCAAAUAGCUAUUGAAACAUAAUAAACAAGGCUAGGAAGACCUGACUACUUCGAAAAAUAGAUCAAAACAGUAAAGAACCUGGACGUGCACAAAUUGACACAAAUCUAUCCAAAUUUAGACAGAACAUAAAAUAAAGUCUAUACUGUAGUUUAUAUAUAUUGAACACAAAAUAUACUAUUAAUAAACUAGUAACAUCAGAAUGGCUACCAGUCAAUGGGCUUUUCAAGCUACCUAAUUAAAUAUUUCACAUCAUCAUGUUACAUCAGACCAAUGCGGUCUAACAAGCCAUGUCGAUAGGCUAUGGAUAAACCAAUACGCGUUAACGCGUACAUGUGUGAUAUAAAUAAAACUUCACUAACAUGAGAAUCAACAAAUGCUUACAAUGUAGACAUUGAAAUUGUAACAUAUUUUAGCUUCUUGAUGUGAAAAUUAUGCUAAUACAGCAAUGCAUGCAGCAUAGCGAAUAUAUUAAAAUAUCAUAUGUCAGACAAUCAUUAAAGGCCGGCGCACACUAGAGCUAUGUGCUUAGCAAAAUGUCAUUUGUGACUGUUGGCGUAAGGAGAUAGCUCUCGUGUGCGGGCGAUUUACGAACGACUUUUGUCAUUCGUGCCACUUACGCCAAAUAUCUAACAUGUUUGAUAAUUUCUUCCUCGCGUACCAAAAUCUUUCUGUGUGCGGCAAACGAAAGCUAUCUGCUUACGGAUUGUCGUAACAGCGCAUGAGUAAUAUACGAAAGUAAACAUCGAAGAUGGCGGCGCAAAAUGAAUUGUUGGCCGAGGCAAUUUUAGAGGACAAACUUGUCGAACUUUGGCCUGAAUACAAAUGUUUAUACGAUGUGAGUUCUGCAGAUUUUAGAAAUAGGGACAAAAGGGAAUGUGCGGUGAAAGAAAUAGUUGUCCUCUAAAAUUGCCUCGGCCAGCAAUUCAUUUUGCGCCGCCAUCUUGGAUGUUUACUUUCGUAUACUACGCAUGCGCUGUUACGACAAUCCGUAAGCAGAUAGCUUUCGUUCGCCGCACACAGAAAGAUUUUGGCACGCGAGGCAGAAAUUAUCAAACAUGUUAGAUAUUCGGCGUAAGUGGCACGAAUGACAAAAGUCGUUCGUAAAUCGCCCACACACGAGAGCUAUCUCCUUACGCCAACAGUCACGAAUGACAUUUUGCUAAGCACAUAGCUCUAGUGUGCGCCGGCCUUAACAACACCGAUGGCUUGGUACUCCGGUUUAUAAACCUUUAAUAUGAAUUGAAGAUACAUCACUAUAAAACCAUAAUUUAUCUAUCUACCUUAUUGCAGUGCAAGCUUUGUCUUUCUCUAGCAGUAGCUCUCUCAGCCUCUCUGCGCCAAAAUUUCUAGCGAGGCUUCUGCUUGUGUUGUCGCUGGCGCCGCUCAGUAGCUUGUAAACAAAAUUCGUCCGUGAGGCAUCGAUAUUCUUUUCAAGCUCCAUAUACAAACGUACGUUGUAUAGAGAUUCAAAAUCGUUUGCCGCAAUCGCAAACUGAACAUUGUCAGUCGACAAAUCGCUCAUAAUAGUAAACGUUCGAAAUGUUAAACUCAGUGGUAAACACUAUAUUGCCGUGUUCACGAAUACCUCACGCUGCGAAUCUGUCGAAAAUAUAAGCCAAUGACAGUGCAGAAUUUUUUUAAAUGGUUCAAUCAGAAGGCUCAUACAGAGCCCCUGAAUCUGCAAAUCCGUCAGGCCUCCCCACAGAUCCGUCGCAAAUGUCCGUAGCCAUGGAAAUGAGCGUGUCAGCCAAUCAGAUAGCCAGAUUUAACCCCCGAAUCCGUCAACUUUCAUGCGUAAGACCGCUGUUCGUGACUGACUAACAUUACUUUGCCGAAGCUCUGCCACAGCAUGAAACGUAUAACUGGACUACCGGUAUGAUUCAAAAUUUUAGUAACUCAGUCUACUGGCCACUAUAGAUAGUUGGAGUCAAAUUUUUGUGAGCGGGCAAUUUUUACUUCAGUCGCGCGACUGAUUUGACGACCCCUAGAUCCGCCCCUGGUACUGACAACGUCAAUGAACAAGACAUUACAAACGAAAGAGAUUAUCGAAAAUACAUAUGCAAACGUAUUUUAUUCCUUUUCGAUACCUUGUUCGAGAGAGUCUUGAGAAGAAUUUUUUUUCAUCUAACAAACGUUGUUAUAUUUCCAAGGGCAUGAUUUGAUAUUUGUCGGGCAAUCACACCCUGCAGGAACAAUGAAGACAAUUCAUAUUUAAUUAUGAGAAAAAUUUUUUGUUCUUGUCUAGUGUACAUAAUUGCGGUGAGUGAGAAAGAUGGAAAGAGGGUCUAUGAUAAAACCAACUGUUGCUUCUUCUGCGAAAAAGAGUACAAGCUGGCUCGCCAUUUUAUGCAAGUUCACAGCGAUGAAGAAGAGGUGGCGAAAAUAAUAGCCCUCAAAACCAACAACGCCGCACGGCAGCUCCAGCUGGAAAGACUUUGCCGAAUGGGCAACUUUAACAAUAAUUUAAAGGUUCUGGAGUUGCAAAAAGGCGAACUAAAGGUGGUACGAAGACCUGGCCAAAACGCGGACAAAGAUCCAAGCAAUUACUUGCCGUGCCAGUUUUGCCAUGGUUUUUUCCAGAGAAAAGACCUGUAUCGCCACUGUUCGAAGUGCCCUUUCGCUGAAGGUGCCGACCAGGCUAACAUCCGCUCCAAAAAAAUGCAGCACACAGGGAGGUUGCUAUUGGCGGCGAAUAAUUAUCCAACUGGUGCCAGCCAACAACUCUCUGACAACGUGUUAUCAAUAAUGACGCUAGAUGACAUCAGCGCUGUGGUCCGAACAGAUGAAACCAUCUUAAUGGUGGGUUCAACCUUAAUUGAGAAUCGUGGAAAUGAGAAAGCAGUGGAAGUGUCACAGCAAAUGCGACUACUUGCACGGUUACUGAUAAAUGUGAGAAAGCUGUGUGGAACCCCGUCCGUGUCGCUCCAAGAGAUCUUGACGGCAGGCCAUUUUGAUCAUCUUGUUGACAGUGCGCGAUCUCUUGGGGGGUAUACUGCUGCAACAAAUGCGAGUACGAAUCGUUUCAAGGCCCCGUCAACCUCUGCAAAGUGCGGAUAUGCCUUAAAGAAAGCUGCGUUUGUGGUAAAAGGGAAAGCUCUACGAGAAAAAGAUAUGGAAAGAAAGAACAACGUGGAUCUCUUCAUGGCAAAUGCGUCAAGUUUUAGGAUAAGGCAUUUGGCGUCGAGUUGGGUGUAG